GGCAGGUGGCCCUGGAAGGUGGGGGGGUGGGACCCGAAACACCUGGGUGUACCCCAGCCUCUCCGGCCGACCCCCUGGGCGUGGGGAUCGUCUCUCCACUCCACGGCCCCUAAGGACUUAGGACUCCGAGGCCGCUCUAGGUCCCAGACUUCAUUCCUGUCCCCUGCGGUGCUUUGGGACCCCAGCAUCUCCUAACCCCACCCCCCCCACCUGCAAAAAAAUUCCCAGCCUCUGCAGCCGGGAGAGGCAUGAGGGACUUCAACUCCCAGUAGCUCCUGCAGCGCCAGGCCUAUAAAGUUGCUGCAGUGCGAGCCCAAGGCCUGCCGGGAAUUGUAGUCUCUAAGCUCAACGGGCGGUGGGGGCCCGGAGGUGGGAGGGGGUGGCUGGAUCUGCCCGGGGUGCCCUGGGGUCAGCAGCUGGUCAGAGUAGGACAAGAGGUGAGGCUCGGACUUAAGCUUCUUCCCCCGGCCACGGCCCUCAGAUCCGGCACCCCCUCUCACCACCUGGCGCGCGCGUGGGGACGGGUCCACAGUCCCUGGCCCGCCCUCCAACCCCCAUGGGCUGCCGCCCGCCGCCUCGGCUGCCACCCAGGAGCCGGCAGGGAUAAGCGCAGUCUCUUCCUCCUGGUCCAUUUGUCCCCAUCCUCUGUCUUCUUGUCCACUCACAUCCAUCUCUGUCCCUUGUUUGUCAAACCCUUGUUACUGUCUUCUUGCCUGUCCACCCCUAAUUCCAGUCCUCCCGUCCAUUGGCCCCCAAUUUCCUUUUCCUUCUCCAUUCAUCCACAAUCUCUGUCCCCUUGUCCAUCAGCCCCAAUCUCUGUCCCCUUGUCCAUCAGCCCCAAUCUCUGUCCCUUGUCCAUCAGCCCCCGAUCUCUGUCCCCUUGUCCAUCAGCCCCCGAUCUCUGUCCCCUUGUCCAUCAGCCCCGAUCUCUGUCCCCUUGUCCUCCAGCCCCCAAUCUCUGACCCCUUGUCCACCAGCCCCCAAUCUCUGACCCCUUGUCCACCAGCCCCCAAUCUCUGUCCCCCUGCCCCUCUCCUUUUCUCUCUCUCUUUCCACACUUACCCACUCUCUCCCCCAUCUCGUUCCCCACCUGCACCCUCGCCGGCCCGUCCCAAGCGCAGGACCCACCUGUCACCAUGUCCGGAGACUACGAAGAUGACCUCUGCCGACGGGCACUCAUCCUGGUCUCAGACCUCUGUGCCCGGGUCCGAGAUGCCGACACCAACGACAGGUGCCAGGAGUUCAACGACCUGCGAAUCCGGGGCUACCCCCGGGGCCCCGAUGCAGACAUCUCGGUGAGCCUGCUGUCAGUCAUCGUGACGUUCUGUGGCAUCGUCCUCCUGGGCGUCUCCCUCUUCGUGUCCUGGAAGCUGUGCUGGGUGCCCUGGCGGGACAAGGGCUCGGCCGUGGGCGGCGGCCCCCUGCGCAAAGAGCUACCGCUGGAGCCAGGCAGCCUGGGGGGCUCGGACGCCCCUGACCCCUCCUACUUGGACAUGGACUCGUACCCAGAGGCUGCCGCCGCUGCAGUGGCUGCUGGGGUCAAACCGAGCCAGACGUCUCCUGAGCUGCCCUCAGAGGGAGGGGCAGGCUCUGGGCUGCUCCUGCUGCCCCCUAGUGGUGGCGGUUUGCCCAGUGCCCAGUCACAUCAGCAGGUCACCAGCCUGGCACCCACCACCAGCAUCAGCUUUGCCCUGCGGUACCUCUACGGCUCCGACCAGCUGGUGGUGCGGAUCCUGCAGGCCUUGGACCUCCCAGCCAAGGACUCCAACGGCUUUUCAGACCCCUACGUCAAGAUCUACCUGCUGCCUGACCGCAAGAAAAAGUUUCAGACCAAGGUGCACAGGAAGACCCUGAACCCUGUGUUCAAUGAGACGUUUCAGUUUGCGGUGCCCCUGGCCGAGCUGGCCCAGCGCAAGCUGCACUUCAGCGUCUAUGACUUCGACCGCUUCUCGCGGCACGACCUCAUCGGCCAGGUGGUGCUGGACAACCUCCUGGAGCUGGCAGAGCAGCCGCCAGACCGCCCGCUGUGGCGGGACAUCGUGGAGGGCGGCUCGGAAAAGGCGGAUCUUGGGGAGCUCAACUUCUCACUCUGCUACCUCCCCACGGCCGGGCGCCUCACCGUGACCAUCAUCAAAGCCUCUAACCUCAAAGCCAUGGACCUCACCGGCUUCUCGGACCCCUACGUGAAGGCCUCUCUGAUCAGCGAGGGGCGGCGCCUCAAGAAGCGGAAAACCUCCAUCAAGAAGAACACGCUGAACCCCACCUACAACGAGGCGCUGGUGUUCGACGUGGCCCCCGAGAGCGUGGAGAACGUGGGGCUCAGCAUCGCAGUGGUGGACUAUGAUUGUUGCCUCUGCCCCUCCCUCCUGAGCCUUCUGAAUUUUCCGUUUCAGGAAAAGACUUUGACCAGCUUCACAAAAGGCGGCAAAGGAUUGUCAGAGAAAGAGAAUUCAGAGUGAGGGGUCUGGCCUAAGCCCGGGAUCGGACCAGGCCCCUCAGGACCCCAUUCCUUCCUGCCCGGACCAUGAACUCAUCUCCUCGAAGCCAUAACGUCCGAGCUGCGUGGUGCGGGCGGCCCUGGGCCCGCCCAUCCUUCUCCCCCCAGGAGGCGGGAGGGCGGGAGGCCCAUGGGCCCAGCUCCCUGUUUCAGGGCGGGGGCAUUCAGUCUCCACUGUGUCUGUCUGUCCUUCCCUGGGGCUCCCCUUCCAGGCAAGGGGCCGUGCAUGUCUGGGGGACCCCAGCCCCCCAAACCCUCCGUCUGUCUCUCUGUCUUUUGCUGUUUGUUCAAGACUUGGUGUCCUGACCCUCGUGCUCACCGUGAAUGUCAACGGACCAAUCCUCCGUGUCCCCCCAGACACACACACACCUGGGUCUACCCCUCUGUGCGCCACACCCCGCGUCUGGCCGAUCCACCCACUGCUGCUGCUAUCAACACCAGAAUAAACACCGUGGGUCUCACUC